AAUUUUCUCCUGCACCCUCCUCGUCCUCCUCUUCCUCCCUCCUUCUCCGCUUCCCCUCUUCUCUUCCAUUUCUCUUGCUCAUCUCCCACCUCCUCUUGAGGACUGUGCCGUUUUGCAGGAAGCAACCACCUUGUACAGGAAGCUUUGAUCCAAUUUAUUUAUCAAGCUGGUGAAAAGCCCCGGACAUCUAAGAUGACAGCAGAUUGAACAGUAAGGAAGGUCUGGUUAUUUUCUUGACUGGAUAAACUAUCUAGACUUUACUUCCUUAUGAUCCAUUACCUGCUUCAGUGGUUACCACCUCCUUUGAAAUGUCCAAUCCUCCAGCAGAGUUCCGGCUUGAGUCACUGGGCCCGUGUAGACACAGCCUAAAAGCCAAUGACCGCAUGAAGGAACAAGUCAAUGUCCAAUGACUAUAAGAGCAUGAGUCCUUCUGUCCCCCGGCCCAAGCUCCUCUAUCUGAGGAGAGAAGAUGUCUCCUGCCAGGGGUCACGUGGACAUGUCCCACUCCUCUGCGCGAUUAAACGGAUCAGAGGCUUUCCUCCUCCAGGGGACACCAGCCAGGAGAGCACUGGAGAGGUGUGGAGGGAGGGUGAGAAAAGACAGCAGAGCAAAACCACCAACCUUACUGCCCCUUGCUCUGGGAGUCGGACUGUAUGUGAAUGUGUUCCUCUUCGUGACCUAAAUGACCGCGCGCGCCCCUCUCUUCGCGCUGCUGGCCCGAGGCCGCCGCAGGCGGAUGCACGACCUCAGGAGACGCUGGGACCUGGGCUCCCUCUGCCGGGCCCUGCUCACCCGGGGCCUGGCCGCCCUGGGCCACUCGCUGAAGCACGUGCUCGGCGCGAUCUUCUCCAAGAUUUUCGGUCCCUUGGCCAGCGUCGGGAACAUGGAUGAGAAAUCCAACAAGCUGCUGCUGGCUUUGGUGAUGCUCUUCCUAUUUGCCGUGAUCGUCCUCCAAUACGUGUGCCCCGGCACAGAAUGCCAGCUCCUCCGCCUGCAGGCGUUCAGCUCCCCGAUGCCGGACCCGUACCGCUCGGAGGAUGAGAGCUCCGCCAGGUUCGUGCCCCGUUACAAUUUCAGCCGCGGCGACCUCCUGCGCAAGGUAGACUUCGACAUCAAGGGCGAUGACCUGAUCGUGUUCCUGCACAUCCAGAAGACUGGAGGCACCACUUUCGGCCGCCACCUGGUGCGCAAUAUCCAGCUGGAGCAACCGUGCGAAUGCCGCGUGGGUCAGAAGAAAUGCACUUGCCACCGGCCGGGUAAGCGGGAGACCUGGCUCUUCUCCAGGUUCUCCACGGGUUGGAGCUGCGGACUGCACGCCGACUGGACCGAGCUCACCAGCUGCGUGCCCGCCGUGGUGGACGGCAAGCGCGACGCCAGGCUGAGACCGUCCAGGUGGAGGAUUUUUCAGAUUCUAGAUGCAGCAAGUAAGGAUAGACGGGGUUCUCCAAACACUAAUCCAGGCGCCAACUCUCCGUCAUCCACAAAGGCCCGGAACACACCUAAGAAUGGGAAGAACUUCCACUACAUCACCAUCCUCCGCGACCCAGUGUCCCGGUACCUGAGUGAGUGGAGGCAUGUCCAGAGAGGGGCGACAUGGAAAGCAUCCCUGCAUGUCUGCGACGGGAGGCCCCCAACCUCCGAAGAGCUGCCCAGCUGCUACACUGGAGACGACUGGUCUGGCUGCCCCCUGAAGGAGUUCAUGGACUGUCCCUAUAACCUAGCCAACAACCGCCAGGUGCGCAUGCUUUCUGACCUGACCCUCGUCGGCUGCUACAACCUGUCGGUCAUGCCCGAAAAGCAGAGGAACAAGGUCCUCCUGGAAAGCGCCAAAUCGAAUCUGAAGCACAUGGCGUUCUUCGGCCUCACCGAGUUUCAGCGGAAGACCCAGUAUCUGUUUGAGAAAACCUUCAACAUGAACUUUAUUUCGCCGUUUACCCAAUAUAACACCACUAGGGCCUCUAGCGUAGAGAUCAAUGAGGAAAUCCAAAAGCACAUUGAGGGACUGAACUUUCUGGAUAUGGAAUUGUACAGCUAUGCAAAAGAUCUCUUUUUGCAAAGGUAUCAGUUUAUGAGGCAGAAGGAACAUCAGGAAGCUAGGCGGAAGCGUCAGGAACAACGCAAAUUUCUGAAGGGAAGGUUCCUUCAGACCCAUUUCCAGAGCCAGAGUCAGGGCCAGAGCCAGAAUCUGAGUCAGAAUCCGAGUCAGGCCCCGAACCUAAAUGCCAAUCAGAAUGUGACUCAGAAUCUGAUUCCGAAUCUGACUCAGAGCUUGGGUCAGAAUCCGAGCCCGAAGGAGAACCGGGAAAGCCAGAAGCAGAACCCUGGCCAAGAGCAGAGCGAUAGCAACACCAGCAAUGGCACCCAUGACUACAUAGGCAGUGUAGAGAAAUGGCGCUAAAUGGCUCCCAAAGGCUUUUGCACACUUCUCCCAAAGCGCCAGUCAAAAUAGGGCAAGUCUUCAAACAUGAGAGUGUCCAGACACAUCCUGCUUCCUUAAGUUUGGAAGUUAAAAAAGUUAAGAUGUUGCCUUUACAGUUGCCUUUCAAUUCAGUGUUCUACUGUGCGUGGGUAAAACAAAUUUCAAUAUGCAAUUAAAUUGUCUUUUUUUUUGGUUCGUGGGGAAUUUAUAAAAUCCAAAAGGCAAACCAGACUCAUCAGAAAUUGCUGUUUAGAUAUUUUCAGAAGUUCUUAAAUUAGUCAUAGAGACAAAAUGAAAACAUAAAAUGUGGCCGGUUCAACUUAUAGCUAAGAAAUGGACUUUACAUUAUUCAUGAUACACUGUUGAAACCCAGUCUUGGAAGCAAACAUUUUUUUCCAGGGCUAAGCAUGAAUAUAACACAAAAGAAACUAAAAUUAAACACGAAACUGUUCAUUUUCUUCUGAUUUUAACAAGGAAUCUAUUUAAACAGAAUAAGAACUGAUGGCAGAGUUUACCAAGCUGUAGAAAAUGAAAAACUUCUCUCCCAAACAUGGGUAGUUUUAUGUAAAAAUAUUGGCUUUCGAGUGGAACGGGACUCAUAUCUUGUUAUUUCAGAGAUGUUUAAAAUUUUAAACUUUUUCUGCCUUCUACUAUUUAAAGGUUUUAAACAGGGUGUAUCUCAUAUUAAAUAAAACACUUUUUCCAAAUGGAGUACCAAUGCAAAGAUCUAAUUUCCAGAUGAUUUCUGGGCACUGUAAUUUCAACAAUUCUGGACUCUUUUUGGCGCUGCUUCUCAUUCAUUUUAAAGCGUCUCCGAGCUGUGCUCAUUCCAAACUAACCCGUUUUAGAAUCUUUCUUCAUCAUCUAAAUGGUGUGUUGCUGAAUUCAUUGUGAUAAUAUAAUCCUGGAUUAAAGUCAGGACUUUCUUUCUGUAGAACUGUCUUAUCAAUGUUUGUGUAGUGAGGUCCUUAUCAAGAAACUCUUGAACAGGAUAAUGUGUCUUAAAAUAUUGCUCAAGUUAUUAUUCUUGAUCAGAUAGAAUUAAACCUGAAUGUGAAUGAAUUGUUAUUUACUUUUUGUGCAUUUUUAUUGUAAUGUUUCCAGUAGGGCUGGCUAUUUUCUAGCCCAUUAGUUCUUUUUCGUGUUGACAGAGUAUAGACAAUUACAAGAGAAAAAACAAGGGUAGAAUAAGCACUAGGAUAGUCAGCAUUAUUCAGUAACACCAAAAGCUUUACCUCCAUACUUUGGGUGAACCGUGUACCAGGUUUCGUUUUGAGAAAACAAAAGGCAGGAGUGUUCUGCAUUGAGGUUAAACAUCAGAAGCAUAUGGAUUGAAGAAAGUGAUUUGGUAUUGGAAGUCUGUGCAGAAAUACUUUUAGGGUAUCAACUGCGAAUUGCACAGGGCAAAAAGAAGGAUGUAACCCACCGUGCAAGCAGGCAUCCUGAUUCUGGGCAGUUUCCAUUUUACGGGUUUUGCUAUCCUUUCGUAAGGACUUAUGCUAAGCCCCUGGCUGUCAAUCAAAAAGGCAACUGGAAGUGGCAUUUAUGUUUUCACGAGGGACAUGCUUAGAAGUGUGACCAUAAAGUCACAUCUUGUACAAUCUGCUCAUUUGCAUGAUCUAGUUUCAUCUGUAAUAAUAAGGCCACAAGCUGGACAAGAAGCUGAGUACUUGGUUAAAAAAUAAAUGUUCUUGACUCUGCACUUGUAUCAGUAGAUCUAAAUUUUGUUUUGUCCGACAGUAUCGCAGUCCUGGGAAUCUGAGAACUGGAAAACUGAAAGGAAAAAAAUUUUCAAAAUCCAAAACAUCUUGAAGUCAAACUGUUUUAGAGUGAAACUAUUUUGUGUACUUUGUGUUUUUAAACUAAUGAUUCUGUAGAUCACUGUGGUAUUUCAAUUUUGUUUUGUUUUGAUUGAUAUUGUUUGCUCUUAAAACUGAUAGGUACUGCUGGAAAGCAGGAUGAAGCCCGAGCCAGUGGAAAAGCUUGUUACAGAAAAAAUAUUUUGUGUUAUUGCUGUGGUGUGCAUGGUUUGCAGAGAUUAAGUGCAUUUUCUCUGUCUAUACUGAUUUACUGUAUAUAGGGGAUGUUAUAAAUAUACAUUUUGGUCACCAUCAUGUAAAUCCCAUGAUUUUGACUGUAAACAUCUUUCCAGUGGUGUAGCUUUACAAACCAUUCACUGAUUUUUGUGUAAUUUAACAAUAGAUAUGAAAUAAACUUUAAAUUACA